AUGCAAGACGAUAUACCAGACUUGGUAGAAGAGUUGACCCCAGAUGUUACGUUCAAAGUAAAUAACAUCGACCCAACUAUCACAGAAUCAACAUAUUCAUCCACUCCAUCAAAUGACAAAAAAGUCCCCAUCACCAUCAUUACGGGAUAUUUGGGAUCAGGUAAAUCAACUUUAUUACAGCAAAUAGGUAAGAAUUCUAAAAAGAGACUUGCCAUCAUCUUGAAUGAGUUUGGUGAUAGUGCAUCCAUAGAGAAGUCUGUUACCAUCAAAGAUGAGAACAAAGGAGCUGUGGAAGAAUGGUUGGAUUUGGGUAAUGGGUGUUUAUGUUGCACUGUUAAGGAUAAUGGAGUAGUCGCCAUUGAACAAUUGAUUGAAAAAUCCAAGGACAAAAUAGAUUAUAUUCUCUUGGAAACCACAGGAAUAGCUGACCCGUCACCUAUAGCGAGGAUGUUCUGGUUAGACGAAGGGUUAUCGUCUAACGUAUAUAUUGAUGGAGUGAUCACAGUUUUAGACACUCAAAACAUUAUAACUUGUUUGGAAGAUGUAGGAGGACAUUGGCAUAGAUCAAAUAAUCAUUUGAAGGCUUCACAGUUGGAAGAAUUAACAGAAGAAGAAAUCAAAAAAGAGGAACAGGACUUACAACAAGGAUUAACCACGGCUCAUUUGCAAAUUGCUAUUGCUGAUACGAUUUUGUUGAAUAAAAUUGAUCUUCUCGAAGGAAAAGACGACAAAGACGAGAGAUUGAAGGAAAUUGAAGAUAAAGUAAGGUCUAUCAACAACUCCUGUCCUCUUUAUACCACAUCAUUUGGGGAUAUUGAUCUUGAUAAGAUUUUGGAUCUUCAUGCUUUUGAAGCUGACACUGAAAAAAUAGAGAAAUCAAUCAGCUUAACCACAAACUCUUCUUUCCAUGAUGAUAGAAUUGGUACUAUAUCUAUCAGCUUUCCAUUUUUUACCUCACCAGAACAGUUUGACGAUUUGGAGAAUUUCAUACAGCAUAUACUUUGGGAAAGUGAUGCCAACGGAAAGGAAAUCGAAGUCCAUAGACUCAAGGGAUUGAUGGUUUUGAAUGGAGACACCCCGGAUGUCAGGGUUAUCCAAGGAGUUAGGGAGACUUAUGAUAUCAUAUCAGGAGGUAAACUCUUGGAUAACAUUCAUGACAACAAAUUAGUCUUCAUAGGGAAAAAUUUGGUGGAGAAUGAUUUGGUGGAAGAACUUAAAAAGUAUAUAAAGUCAUAA